AUGAUUUGCGCGCAAGCGCCGCUGGCGUUCGCCGACCAGUCCCUGCAGGAAAAUUCUGGUAAAGUCCGACACUUUCAUCUGCACGGAUCCGGGACGACGAACCCGUCCAAGCUGAUUUGGUUGGCCAUGGACAAGCUCGAAGAGAUGGCGGGCUCGACGCUUCGCAUGACGUACCGCUCGGUCGGUUCCGGACAAGGUGCGACUGAUUGGGCGAGCGCCAACGCUGGUGAUUUCGCGAGCACCGAUUACGGUCUUGCCGCUGAUUCUUCGGCUCCUUUCAUGCAACUCCCGUUCCAAAUCGGCGCCGUGUCUCUGUUCCACAACGUACCGGGCGUCGGCACGGGCGUAAUGAAGCUCUCCGCGUGCACGGUGGCGAAGAUUUUUACCGGCGCGAUCACGAACUGGAAUCAUGCGGAUAUCGCGGCUGAUUCUGGUUUGACUUUGCCCAGUCAAACCAUCAAGGUCAUUGCGCGCAGUAACGGUUCUUCGUCGACUUACGGCCUCAGGGGUUACAUGAAAGCCGCGUGUCCGACUGUUUUCACGGGCGCGGUUGACGCUACCGCUUUGACGGGCAACUUUGUACACACCGGUGUGACUGGGUCCGAUUCUAUGCGUCUCGCGAUCGGAUCUAACGAGUACUCUAUCGGGUACAUCGAUGCCGGCCACGGCCACCUCGACAACUUGUCCGAAGUUUCUUUGAAGAACGCGAACAACCAAUGGGUCGUGACCAAGGAGGGCGACCCGGCUGGACGCCUGACCGCCAAAAUCAAGGAAGUCGGCGAAGGAGUGACGUUUCCACAAGUCACCGGUACGUCGACUACCGAUUGGGCCGGUGACUGGUCUGCCAUCAACCUCUACUACAAGUCGGGCGACAAAUUCUGGCCCAUCUGCGCGUUUACGUACUUGCACGUCCGCACUACUUACACAGAUACUGCGACCGCGGGCGUCGUGCUUGCGUUCGUCGAGUACAUGCUCAGCUCCGCUAUUCAAGACAAGAUUACGGAUUUCUACUUCUACCCGCUUCCCGGAGCUCUCGCCGCUGCAGUCCGAGACGCCGUCACUUCCCACUUCACAAGCGCUGUGGCCGCCCCGAUUUGGACUUUUGUCGACUCAUCAGGCGCGUCGGCGCCCGCCACAAACGUCGGGAUGGGCGUUCACACUUUCAGCUAUAAGCGUCAAACGUACGCCGAUUACGAGCGCGGGCUCUUCAAGAAGAACAUCGCCGCUCUCGAAGCGUCCGUCGCCGCCCUCAAAACUGAACUCGCGGCGAAGACGGGCAACGACGACGCCGCCGACGAGCGCACCCUCGCGCUCGCCGCGGUUUCGUUCGUCGUCGCCGUCAUCGCCGUCAUCGUCGGCUCCAUCGCCAUGUGCCGUGGUGGUCGAUCUUCGCAAGUUAUGCGCGUCGUCGGCAUGUAG